GGGAGGGACGCAGCCACGCUCAGUCUGCAGCCUAGCAUCUCCUGCUCCGAGGCGCCCGCCCGGCCGGCCGCAGCACUGGACACAGUGAGUCCGUGAGUGAGACCCCUUUGGAAAUCUUAGACAUAGUUUGCAGUCUUGCAGACCUCCCCGGGGGCCAUGGCCUGUCUGCCCAAGCCCACAGACAGAUGGCUCCAGUGCCAGCUGCUGCCGAUGGAUAGCUCUGCCCACCAGCAAGGUGAUAUUAACAAGACUUUUUUCAGUUUCAUGUUGCCUUGCAGCAUCUUCUGGGCAGCAGUGAAAAACAUCUGUUUUGCAUCCCCCACUCCCCCCAUAAGUGUUAAAAGAACAUCAAUGUUGCAAAAUCAAGCGCUCAGAAGUUAAGAAAUGCCAGAAUGACAGUUGCCCAUGCAACCUUCAUUCACUUCCUUGUGUGUACCCAUUAUGAUCAUCUUUAAUUACACAGUCAAACUUUUUUCCCUAUAGGACCCCUGCCUCAUUCAUUACACGGGAUGCACUGUGCUCUGGGGAGCUGAGUCCGGGUUGUAUAGUGAAGGGGCUUUUGUCUCUAGGAUUCAUGCUCUAUUUGUUUCAGAAGUUGGAAGGUACACAAGGAAAGAAACUGGAGACUACAGGACAAGAAAAUACGGUAGCAAACAAUGGUUCGUAGCGGAAAGAAUGGUGGGCUCCAUCUGAAACAAAUCUCCUAUUACAAACGAACAGGAGAAUAUCAUCCAACUACGUUAGCAAGUGAGAGAAGUGGAAUAAGAAGAGCAGCCAAAAAAUUUGUUUUCAAAGAAAAUAAGUUGUUCUAUGUGGGAAAAGACAGGAAACAGAUGCGUUUGGUAAUUGUUUCAGAUGAGGAGAAGAAGAGAGUGCUACACAAAUGCCAUGAAAGUGCUGCAGGUGUUCAUCAUGGCAUAUCGAGGACUCUGACUCUGGUGGAGUCUAGUUACUACUGGACUUCCAUAACAAAUGACGUCAAACAGUGGGUGUAUGCUUGCCAGCAUUGCCAGGUGGCAAAGAAUACAGCCAUCAUAGUACCCAAAUUACACCCUAUCAAAGCAGAGGAUCCAUGGACUGCAGUCACAAUAGACCUAAUGGGACCUUUUAAUACCACCCACAGAAACCAUAUGUAUGUCAUAAUGAUGACAGAUUUGUUCACAAAAUGGGUGGUGGUUCUGCCACUACAAGACACUUCAGCGGUAGAAAUUGCUAAGGCAAUUGUCAGUGUGUUUUUCUUGUAUGGACCGCUUAAAAAAAUGGUUAUUGAUCAAGCAGAAGAGUUUGUUCAUCAGAUCAACAGAGAACUAUUUGAGCUCUUUGGAAUGAAACAAAUAGUAUUGUCCUAUCCUCAGACAGAUGACACAAAUGAAAGAACAUGCAAGACAAUCAAGACUUUCCUGAACAAGUACUGUGCAGACCACCCCAAUGACUGGGAUGAUAAUUUAUCUGCCAUUGCAUAUGCUUUUAACUUGACUCCCAUGGCGCCAGUCCAAAAUACACCAUAUUUCCAAAUGUUUAAUCGUAACCCUUAUGUGUCUGAGACUUCAAAUGUACUGCAGGAAGCACAAGAGGAUAAUAAAUGUAUGUUUGCCAAAAUCCUUGAAGCAAUUAAACAGGCUGAUCGAGUAUUGGAGGAAAGGAAAGCUACAAAAUGCCAGAUUGUGAAAAAUAGUAUUGAUGAACAGCAAACUGGAAACAAGGUCAAUAUUAAAAGGAAGCCAAAGCAAGUAAAUCCAUUUCAUCUUAAAGUUGGACAUGAAGUGCUUAGACAAAGGAAAAACUGGUGGAAAGAUGGCCGUUUCCAAUCCGAGUGGGUUGGUCCCUGUAUUAUAGACUACAUCACAGAUAAUGGAUGUGCAAUACUAAGAGAUACCACAGGAUCCAGACUAAAAAGACCCAUCAAAAUGUCUCACCUUAAGCCAUACAUAAGAAGAUCCAAUGGACAAGACAACCAUUAUCUCUUACAAGGUGCAAUAGUGGUUGACCAUGACUACGUUGGCUUAUCGGAAAGUUUGUAUGGGCCAUGCCCACAAGAUGCCAUUGCCGAAGGGGAAGUAAAUACCCUUGCAGCAAACAAUCUGCUGCCUCCACCCUGCAAAGACAGUGAACCAUCAGAAUGUAAAAGUCAGUCUGAGUUUACUGAAGAUCAUAGCAUUCUGCCAGCUAACUCAAAUACAGAACAAUGGUCUUCAGCCUGUUGGACUCUUCAAACCAAGCUAGAGGAUACUUAAUAAAACCCCACAAUGUUUCACUAGAAGAAAUGGUCCUAAUCUUCUCUGGUGGAAUGGAAAGGGCUUUAGUAGCUUUAAAUUCCUUAGCCAAGUUUUAAAUAUUGAAAUGUUAGAUACUAUUAUUCCCAAACAUAUACAGUUGUAAAUACAAGUAUGUGUCUGGUAAUUAGUUUGUAUAUAUGUACUGACGUGCUUAUUUUACAAGGAAUAUGGGAAUAGUUUAGUAAAAGCACAUUUCACCACUAUACAAUAGGCAGUGUGGUCCUAUCCACAGCACAUCAGUCCUUAACCACAAAAGUACAGCAUAGCAUUCAAUUUUAUGGCCUCUUCACUAGUCCUGUGGGUGGUUCAAGAGCUCUGAGAACUCCAGCACUGUAAGCUGAACAACCUGACCAAAGUCUGCCUCCAGCUCCAGGAAAGUGAAGUGGUUCACACCCUCCUACUAUUCUACAACUUUGUUUCCAGCUCUUUGGGGAAGUUGUGAGCUCUGCCUUUUAUACCUUCUAUUCUUCAUCGCUGGCGCAAGACUCUAUAACCACAUGAAAUAGCAGAGCUGCCAAAGCGCAGUGCAAGAACUGUUCUGC